AUGUUGCGGUCAGUGAGAAGAUUUUCGACUCCGGCUUCCAAGUACGAUGCAGUUGUAAUAGGAGGAGGUCACAACGGUCUUACAGCUGCUGCUUAUUUGGCUAAAGCCGGAAAGAAGGUCUGUGUAUUAGAACGUCGACAUGUUUUAGGAGGAGCUGCUGUUACGGAAGAAAUAGUACCAGGGUUCAAGUUCUCUCGAGCUUCUUACUUGUUGAGUUUAUUGAGACCUACAGUCAUAAAUGAGUUAGAGUUAAAGAAACAUGGACUCAAAUACCAUAUCAGGAAUCCUAACUCUUUCACUCCGAUUCGUAAUUCGAACGAUUAUUUAUUACUUGGAAUGGACAUGAAGAAAAAUCAAGAAGAAAUAGCCAAGUUUUCAAAAUGGGACGCUGAACAAUAUCCAAAGUAUGAACACACCAUGUCCAACAUUAUCAAAUCCUUGGAACCAUUGAUGGAUCAAGCUCCGAUCAAUCUAUCUCAAACCGGUUUACCACUCUACCAAGAUCUAUGGAAACUUUACAAUAUAGGUUUCAAACCACUCGGAUUGAAAAACUGUGUGGAUUUCUACGAGGUUAUGACAGCUCCAAUAGCAAAAGUUAUGGAUAAAUGGUUCGAGUCUGAUGUUCUGAAAGCUACUAUCGGCACAGAUGGAGUUAUUGGGGCCGCAGUUAGCCCGUAUGAUGCAGGGACUGGAUACGUCCUUUUGCAUCAUGUACUUGGAGGAUUAGACGAUAGCCCUGGAGCAUGGGGAUACGUCUAUGGAGGAAUGGGAGCUGUUUCUGAAGCCAUUGCCGCAAGUGCGCGUUCAUCCGGAGCUGAAAGUUUCACCGAACAGGAAGUUGAUCAUGUUAUUUUGGAAGGCAAUGUAGCAAAAGGUGUUAAACUAGCGAACGGAUCAGAGAUACAUGCUGAUGUUGUUCUUUCCAACGCUACGCCUCAUGUUACUUUCAACAAGUUGGUCGAAAAGGAAUCUCUUCCAAGAGAGUUUGUCAGAGCUAUGCAAACGUUCGACUACACUUCCCCUGUCACAAAAAUAAAUGUUGCCGUGAAAGAGCUACCUAACUUCUCCUGUAAUCCUAAUAUCGGAAGUACACCCAUGCCACAUCAUCAAACGACGAUACAUAUGAACUGUGAGAGUAUGAAACUAGUUGAUGAUGGGGUUGUGGAUUUCAGAGCCGGUCGUUGGAGUAGAAAACCAAUGAUUGAGAUGACAAUACCUUCAUCUGUUGACCGGACUAUAGUAUCAGAUGAUUCUUCUCAUGUCUGCUUGCUAUUUACCCAAUAUACUCCUUAUACUUUGAAAAAUGGUCAAUGGGAUGAAAGUACAACAGAGGAAUAUGCUCGUCUUGUUUUCUCUGAAAUUGACGCGUAUGCUCCUAACUUCUCGAAAUCAAUCGUUGGAUAUGAAGUUUUGACUCCUCCUAAACUAGAAGAAGUGUUUGGUAUAACUGGAGGAAAUAUUUUCCACGGUGGAAUAAGUUUGGAUCAAUUGUAUUUCUCAAGACCAGUGGCAUCUCACAGUAACUAUGAAUCCCCUAUCGCAGGACUUUAUUUAUGUGGAAGUGGAACCCAUCCAGGUGGUGGAGUUACUGGAGCUCCUGGAAGGCUUGCAGCUCUCAAAGUACUCGGGAAAUGA